AUGAAUGGUUCCAAUGUGGCCAACACAUCCCCCAGUGCACCUCCCCCAGCAAAAUCCAAGGAGGGCCAAGUCAUGAAUGGCCAUGAUGAGAAGGAGAGCAACCCCUUCGCCGAGUACAUGUGGAUGGAGAACGAGGAGGAUUUCAACCAGCAGGUGGAGGAGAAGCUUCAAGAGUGGGUGUUCCUGGACUGUUGCUUCCAGGAGAUGCUGGAUGAAGAAGACCAGGACUGGUUCAUCCCAUCCCAUGACCAGACUCAAGGCAUCAGGCAGCUCCAGCAGCAGCUGAAUGCACUCUCGGUCAGCAAGAAUACCCACAGCCACAUUGCAGAGGACAUUUUGAGCAAAAGCACCUUAAACUUGGAUGACAAGGAGUUUGUUCCUGGAGUGUACCGAGUCUUAUGGCCCCCUUCCUAA